AUGGAGAUCACCAUCAUCUGCGUUGCCGCUCUUGUCAUAAGUUUCCUUCUGAUGGGAAACUCACCAAUGCAAAUGUCACGAGAAGCCUGGGGCAUCACGCUUGCUACCGUACUCUUUACCGUUAUUGGAGGCGCAUCGUUCUUCGGUCAGAUUAUUCAUGCGACCCUUCCACAGCUUCAACAAACACGUAACACCCUUGAAAACUACUUGGAACAUCGACCAGGGGAUUUUUAUCAAGGCUGGCCUAAGUUCAGGGCCCACGAUCGCUUCCACCACAACUACGGCAUUUGUUGUGGCCAAGAGGGGCACUGUAUGUUUUGUGUCGACCUCCAGGCUGAGGAACUUCAAGCGCUUGUAAGGAUGAGACAAACUGCGUUUGAAAGAAGAAUGGAAGAAGCUUUUGCGAAGUAUAAGGAACGAGGAGUCGAUUCUUAG